AUGUUAUUAUAUUAUUUUUCUCUAAUCUAGGCCAAAAUACCGGCGUUUAAGUGUAUUUUUUACAUAUAGGAAAAUAAACAAAAUGCGCUUGUACUGCCUUAGUAAUGACUUAGCGAAGCACUGUUAUGUUAUUACAUUCAAAGGCCUGCGUAUUAUGCUGGAUUGUGGUCUUACUGAGCAGACAGUACUAAAUUUUUUGCCACUACCUUUUGUGCAAAGUGUAAAAUUAUCAAACCUGCCAAAUUGGAUACCAAAUCGUGAUCAUGAUCCUCAAAUGGAUGGCGAACUUAAAGAAUGCUGUGGUCGGGUGUUUGUUGACUCUGCACCUGAGUUCACAUUGCCAAUGGAUAAAAUGGUGGACUUUAGUGAAAUUGACGUGAUUUUAAUUUCAAACUAUCUAAAUAUGCUGGCACUUCCGUAUAUCACAGAGCACACCGGGUUCAAAGGAAAAGUGUAUGCAACAGAACCAACAUUGCAGAUUGGCCGUUUCUUUCUCGAAGAACUUGUUGAGUACAUUGAAGUUGCCCCCAAGGCAAGCACAGCAGCCUUGUGGAAAGAUGUCCUUCAUUUAUUACCUAGUCCAUUAAACGAAGCCUUUCGCCCUAAAAAAUGGAAAACUAUAUUUGGCUUAAAAGAUGUCCAUAACAGUUUAGCACGUGUAACUAUAAUGGGAUACGAUGAAAAACUGGAUAUCUUGGGCGCUUUUGUUGCAACACCAGUCAGUUCAGGAUAUUGUCUAGGGUCAAGUAAUUGGGUUUUAAGUACCGCUCAUGAAAAAAUUUGUUACGUUAGCGGAUCAUCAACAUUGACCACGCAUCCACGCCCAAUUAAUCAAUCUGCACUUAAACACGCAGAUGUAUUAAUAAUGACGGGUCUGACUCAGGCUCCUACAGUUAAUCCAGACACAAAAUUGGGAGAAUUGUGCAUGAAUGUUGCUCUGACAAUACGUAAUAACGGCUCUGCAUUGAUACCUUGUUAUCCAUCCGGUGUGGUGUAUGACCUUUUCGAAUGCCUUACACAAAAUUUGGAAAAUGCUGGAUUGAAUAACGUCCCGAUGUUCUUUAUCUCACCAGUAGCUGACAGCUCGUUAGCGUACUCAAAUAUUUUGGCCGAAUGGUUAAGCUCGGCAAAGCAAAACAAGGUCUACCUGCCCGAUGAUCCCUUUCCACAUGCGUUUUAUUUACGAAAUUCGAAAUUAAAACACUACAAGCACGUAUUUUCCGAAGGAUUCAGCAAAGACUUUCGACAGCCUUGUGUAGUAUUUUGUGGUCAUCCAAGCCUGCGAUUUGGUGAUGCGGUACAUUUUAUAGAAAUGUGGGGUAAUAAUGUAAAUAAUUCCAUCAUAUUUACAGAACCUGAUUUUCCUUACCUGCAAGUGUUGGCACCUUUUCAACCUCUUGCUAUGAAAGCAUUCUACUGUCCGAUAGAUACAUCACUUAAUUAUCAGCAGGCUAAUAAAUUAAUAAAGGAACUGAAGCCAAAUGUUUUAGUGAUACCAGAAGCUUACACGAAACCACACCCUAAUGCUCCAAAUCUAUUUAUAGAACAACCGGACAAAAAAAUAAUAACAUUUAAAUGUGGCGAAAUUAUCCGCUUGCCAUUAAAGCGAAAACUAGAUCGGGUUUAUAUAUCAUACGACAUGGCGCAAAAACUAGUACCUCGUGAUGUAGGUAACGGUAUAACGAUAUCUACAAUCACUGGCUUACUCGAAGUUAAAGAUAAAGUUCACAAUAUACAACCAUGUGAACCUUCAGAAGAGAAACCUAGUGGUAGCAAAAUGCCUCCACCCAGCCGAGAAGAAGUGUUGAAGAAUAUGAAGUACGAGUAUGGCACGCUGGACGUAGAUAUGCUCAAAAAACGCCUGAUACAAGAUGGUAUCACAAAUAUUAAAGUAGAGCGAACAGGCAAUGUCGUGUCUUUGCAAUUGGUCAACGAAGAUACGACAAUUAAGUUCGAUGACAAUGAGACUCAUAUAAUUUGUGGUGGUAAACAGUCAUUGAGACUCAAACUCCGUGACACAGUGCUGAAAUGUCUACAAAGCUUCUAAAUACUUAGUUAUUAAAUGCAAAUUUUUAAGAAACA